AUGCCAUACGGUCCUGCAGAGAUAAAGAGCCUUGGAGCUCUGAAGCGCCGGGCGUGGGCUCCCUUCGAGCCCGGCAUCCCCGCCCGCCGCGGCUCCGGCGGCUCCGAGAGACGGGGUGGGGCCGAGGGAGGGAGGGAAAAGGAAAGAGGGGAGGGAGGAGGAACAAGGGGAGGGAGAUCACAGGCGCGGCCGGUCCGCCGGCAGCCAGUAGGGAGGCCGCGGGGACCCGGCGACGUCGGAGUCUCUACCGCGGACAGAGGCCCCCACCGCCGUACUGCUCGCGCCCCUGGAUCCCUUCCGGCUCAUACUCCCGCCCCUAGUCUUGCCUGGUGCGGUGGAGCUGCGGCCAACGCGGCAGAACCGAGGAGGGCAGGUCUGCACCUCUGCUUCCAGCCAGGAGUCACCACAAUGCCCAUACUGGAAAAAGUUCCCCAAAAGAUGGCAGCAAAAACUCCCAGCACUGAGGAGGAGCCUGAGUUGCCCAAACUUCCAGUGCCCCCCCUGCAGCAGACCCUCUCCACUUAUCUGCGAUGCAUGCAGCAUCUGGUACCUGAGGAACAGUUUAGAAGGAGUCAAGCCAUUGUGCAGCGGUUUGGGGCCCCGGGUGGCCUUGGGGAGACCCUUCAGCAAAAGCUCCUAGAACGACAGAAGAAGACAGCCAAUUGGGUGUCUGAGUACUGGCUGAAUGACAUGUAUCUCAAUAACCGCCUGGCCUUGCCCGUGAACUCCAGCCCAGCCGUGAUCUUCGCCCGGCAGCACUUCCCAGACACGAACGACCAGCUGAGGUUUGCAGCCAACCUCAUCUCUGGUGUGCUCCACUACAAGACCCUGCUGGACAGCCACUCCAUCCCCACUGACUGUGCCAAGGGCCAGCUGUCGGGGCAGCCACUCUGUAUGAAGCAAUACUAUGGGCUCUUCUCCUCCUACCGGCUCCCUGGCCACACCCAGGACACACUGGUGGCCCAGAAGAGCAGUGUCAUGCCCGAGCCAGAGCACGUCAUCGUGGCCUGCUGCAACCAGUUCUUUGUCUUGGAUGUUGUCAUUAAUUUCCGCCGUCUCAGUGAGGGGGAUCUGUUCACUCAGUUGAGAAAGAUAGUCAAAAUGGCUUCCAACGAGGAUGAACGCUUGCCUCCAAUCGGCCUGCUGACGUCAGAAGGGAGGAGCGAGUGGGCUGAGGCCAGGACGGUCCUCGUGAAAGACUCCACCAACCGGGACGCACUGGAUAUGAUUGAACGCUGCAUCUGUCUUGUGUGCCUGGAUGCCCCGGCAGGCGUGGAGCUCAGCGACACCAACAGGGCUCUUCAGCUCCUUCACGGCGGAGGCUGCAGCAAGAACGGGGCGAACCGCUGGUAUGACAAAUCCCUGCAGUUCGUGGUGGGUCGCGAUGGCACAUGCGGCGUCGUGUGCGAGCACUCCCCGUUUGAUGGAAUCGUCCUGGUGCAGUGCACGGAGCAUCUGCUCAAGCACAUGGUGAAGAGCAGCAAGAAGCUGGUCCGAGCAGACUCUGUCAGCGAGCUCCCAGCCCCCAGGAGGCUGCGUUGGAAGUGCUCCCCGGAAAUCCAAGGCCUCUUAGCCUCGUCAGCGGAAAAACUUCAACGAAUAGUAAAGAAUCUCGACUUCAUUGUGUAUAAGUUUGACAUCUUUGGGAAAACAUUCAUUAAGAAGCAGAAAUGCAGUCCUGAUGCUUUCAUCCAGGUGGCCCUCCAGCUGGCCUUCUACAGGCUCCACAGGAAACUCGUGGCCACCUACGAGAGCGCGUCCAUUCGCCGGUUCCAGGAGGGCCGUGUGGACAACAUUCGCUCAGCCACUCCGGAGGCGCUGAGUUUUGUGAAGGCCAUCACUGACCACAAGGCUGCCGUGCCAGAUUCAGAGAAGCUGCUGCUUCUGAAGGAUGCCAUCCGAGCCCAGACCGAGUACACAGUCAUGGCCAUAACAGGGAUGGCCAUCGACAACCACUUGCUGGCGCUGCGGGAGCUAGCUCGGGACACGUGCAAGGAGCUGCCCGAGAUGUUCACAGAUGAAACAUACCUGACCAGCAACCGGUUCGUCCUCUCAACCAGCCAGGUGCCCACAACCAUGGAGAUGUUUUGCUGCUAUGGUCCCGUGGUGCCGGACGGCUACGGGGCCUGCUACAACCCCCAGCCAGAGAAUAUCCUUUUCUGCAUCUCCAGCUUUCACGGCUGCAAGGAAACCUCUUCUACCAAGUUUGCGAAAGCAGUGGAAGAAAGCCUCCUUGAAAUGAGGGACCUGUGUAGUCCGCCACAGUCUACAGGGGGCAAGCCACUGGCGCCACAAGAAAAAGCAACAAGGCCCAUUCAGGGGCACCAACCUUGACUCCUGCUUCUAGGUUUCAGCUCCCCAAACCCAGCAUUCUGCUGCCGCUAGACCCUGCCAAACCCCAGCUCCCAACCCUCUCCCCCUAGCUUUCGGUAGCUCCCCUGUCCUCAGGGCCCAACAGAGACCACACAGAGGCAUCACGCAAAGCAAGAGUAUGAAGAGGAAAGUGUCCCUCCUUAGGCAUGGGGAUUGUCCUUAUUUGCCAAACUGCCCUCUGGCCUGUGUACUGGGAAGUAAGUCCGGCCUGGCUCUGAGGUGGCCUUGGUGAGGUGUGCAAGUCUACACCACCUUCCCUCCAUGGCCACAGAAGCUUAAUGGUGGUGUUUACUUCUCCAGCGGGACCUAAUGUGUCCAGGGGAGGUUUUGCCCAACAAGAGAAUGUAUCACUCUAUUACAUGCAGCAUAUCUACAAGUGUCAUGAAGAAGGAGGCUAACUUCAGGUCAAUACCUCUUUUCUUCUGGGAGGAGUAGGGGACAUUGUUUUCAGAUUCGAAGCAGUGUGACCAUGACCUCCUCCAGGGUGGCUUGCACUGAGCCAUACAGGGCUGCAAACACCCCAUCCCUACACACACACACACACACACACACACACACACACAUCCAGUUAAUUUAAAAUACAGUGACCCAGGCCCCAAAAUACAUUUCUCCUUUCAUCUCCUGGGGGCAGCCUUCCGUUGAGUUUGGGAAAAUCUGAGAAGGGAAAAAGAAUCAUCCACCAUUGCACUGACCUUAUGCUGCUCGGCCCCCGGGGCAUCAGCGACAGUCCAGGAGGAGGAAACAACCCAGUGCCCCCCAUGCAGCAGGGCAGGGUUGGUGGGAGGACCAGUCCAUUUCCCCAAGAAUCCUGUCUCUUGUAUUUUUUUUCUGGUGGCUUCCCCACUGCCCUUUCUAUAAGGAACCAUACCCAUUAUAGGUGAUCUGCCUUCUAGAGGAGAAGUGAGAGGGUUGCUUUGGGGAUUUUUCUGUCAUUGUUAUUUGUUUUCUUUUAUUCAUUCUUAAGAGAGGUUUUUAAGAAAACCACUGUGACAUUAAUUUCAGAAAAUGAUCUCAGUGACCCAAGCAGGUAGAGGAUGUUAUCUAGGGCUUGUAAUGAAACCCCAUGUGGAGGAGCACAGAGCAGGGCUUUGCCUAGGCUGGCGGGGGGUUGGGGGGAGCAAGUUUGAGCAGACAGCUGGUGGGGACCAGGGCCAGGAGGAGGGAAGGGCUAUGUCCAGAGUCAGCCCUGAUGGAGGGACAGACCGUGCACAGAGCCAAAGUUAAGUUUGUCCUGAGAGGCUGUGAUCAUCAAGGAGAUAGGAGAGGCACUUCCCACUGGGGAAUAUUUUUAUGGUAAAUCUAAAAAGGCAAGGGAGUGGGAAAGCAAGCAGAAAAUCAAAACUGCAGAUAAAUGAGGCAGUCUCUGUUCAGAGGAGGAACAGAGCUCAGUGCUAGAGAGAUCUGCAGUGCAACCCUGAAGGGAAGUCCUGGCAAAGCCCCCUCACUACACUCCCAUUGUGCUCUGGGCUGGGGACCCUGUGCAGGUCCCUCUUGCCCACUAGGCAAGUUUCUGCACUUGGACCUCUAUGGAUGGCAGGGCUGAGAUGGGUUCCACUGGCAUUAUGACCUUUGCUCAGCUCUCUGAAAACACAAACAGGACCAAGCAGUAAAUGCUUUGAGCCCUGGUUUUAGACGGAGGAUUUCUGUUGGAUGAUCUGCGAUAUGCUGCACAGCCCUUCAUAGUCAUCAAUCUGUAGGUCCAUAUGCUUCCACAGACAUCCACCUUCCUGCUACCCUAGGAAAGUUGCAGCUCAAGUGUCCUGGGAAUAUCUGGGGAAAUGCUGUCUCCCUGCUAUAAUUUGACCCAAAGCCACUUGUCUGUUCUCACCAAAUGACCACAGUACAGAUCUGAGUUCUCUGCUGGUUUCCUUCCAUGGAUUUCAGGGCAGGCAGAGAGCACUGAUUUGGGGAUCAGGCAACCCCACUGACCUUAACCAAGAGACUUAAAUGCCCAGAGACUCAAUUCUUUCUAUCAUCAGAUGGGGACAAGAAUGUCCCGACCUUGUAAGGCUGUGAGGACUGUAGAGCACGUGUGUAAAGGGUUUUGCAAAAGCAGGUGGACACUGGUGUCCUCUGUCAUGACGAUGUUACCCCAGUAGGCAAUGUUCAGAUGAAUUUGCUUCAAACUUUUCACACUGAUUUUAAAGAGCCAAACUCACAUCUAUCAUUCUCUGCACAAAAGGAAAGGAAACUGACUCUGCACAUUCAGGUAUCAACCAUGCACUGUGAGGGCUUCAGGAAGUGGGGGAUUGUGGACAUUUGGCAGGAGGGAACACCUCCUCUUUCUGAGGAAGAAUCUGGAAGCUGGUCUUCCCCCUCCAAGAACAAGUGGAGGCACUGAGACUUUAUGCAAAGGCAAUGCUGAGCCAUGGCCAUGGGCAUUUCUGGGGGAUCCUGGUAAUGGAGACUGUUCCAAGUGUCCCCAAAGAGAUAGAAAAUGAAACAUGGAGACAGUCACUGUGGGGGAGUCAUGCAUAAUAAACAUGCUUCUGGCCACCUUACGAUACCACUAAGUUGCCAAGAUACAUAAAGUUGACAUUUGAGUUCUAUUUUUAUAAAAUUGUUCUAGAUUUAUGGCAAUAUAUAUGUGUGUAUUAUAGCCUUUCGAUUUUAAGUUAUAGUUUUGUGCUUUGAAGAAAUAUGUAUGACUAAAGAACUGUAUAUUGAAAGCACUAUAUUCAAAAUAUUUAAAGACCAUAAGUCCAUAUUCAAUAAAAAGUAAUA